AAGCUGAAUCGUGAAGAACACCUGCACUAAGAAUGGCGACGUCUUUCGAAGUGACUCUUCUGAAACGACCGUAAAUGGAGAUGGUAUCACUGACCAGGUGGAUGGAGCAAGUUGCUGAAAUGAGAAUUGCAAGAUGACCUCUAGACGAAGAAGAACUGAUGCCGGAAACUCUCCACCAUGACUGCGUUAGGAGUCAUCAAUACCAACUUUUUGAAAAUUAGGACUGCUCGUAAGAUUUGGCCAAAACGUCUCAAGUUGGGAUUCUCUCACGGAAGCGUUUGGAAAACAACAUUAAAAUCAAUUGCGGUCUUAUCAAAUAAGGAAACGUGAACCUGUAGGUAGGUACGCGAUAGUUAAAGUAAUUGCCUGAGUAAUGAUUUGUAAUUAAAGUUUGCGAGGAUUUUGCGGUCUCUGUAUACUUGAUAAAUGUGAAUCGGUCACCGAAUAAAUAAUAGGGAAUACCCUCUUUGUCGCUUAGUUGUUUUUCGACCAUUCCCGAAGAACCACAUCGUCGCCAUUUUCACCGAUUCUAAAAAGAUGGCGCUCCUCGACACCGGCAUGGUAAACCUCUACCCGUUGGAGAACGCCGUACCGCACAAAACGGACAAAUACGAGCUGGUCCACCAGGACGAUCCGACGCCGGUCCUGCGGCGCGGCUUUAAGUUCUCGAUGGUUCUCCGCUUCCGCAAUCGAGGUUACGAUCGAAGCCGCGACGUCAUUCGUCUAGUUUUCAACUUCGGUCCGCGAGCUCACUCGAUCAAGGGGACGAAGGCGAUCAUUCGCGUGGAGCCGCGAACGAGAGAGCCGGCGCAGGACAGGAAGGAGUGGUACGCCGGAAUCAAAUCCGAAGGUCCCGACAGCGUGACGAUCGAGGUGAUGGCCGCGGUCCACUGUCCCGUCGGCAACUGGAAGCUGCAGGUCGAGACCGGCGCGUUCUCGACGACCGACCGUCGCGUCUUCAAUUACGACAAAGACGUCUACAUCCUCUACAACCCUUGGUGUUGCGAGGAUUUGGUCUUCAUGCCCGAAGAGCGAUUUUUGGACGAGUACAUUUUGGCGGACGUCGGAAAGAUAUGGGUGGGCCCGUACGGGUCAAGUCGUGGACGCGAGUGGGUCUUCGGCCAGUUUGACAAGAGCGUACUUCCGGCCGCCAUGCUUAUGUUUUCCAAGUCUGGCUUCUCCGACACGAGCCGCGGCGAUCCCAUCAAAUCCACGCGAUUAAUCUCGAAGAUGGUGAACAGUAACGAUGACGAUGGCAUUUUGGUGGGGAGGUGGGACGGCGAUUACGGCGACGGUACAGCGCCGGCGAGCUGGACGGGCUCCGUUCCCAUUCUGGAGGAGUACCUGCAGAACGAGGAGUCCGUGUGCUACGGACAGUGCUGGGUGUUUUCCGGGGUGACCACCACGAUUUGCAGAGCGCUUGGGAUUCCGUCCAGAGUCGUCUCCAAUUUGGUGUCGGCUCACGACACGAACGCGAGCCUCUCCAUCGACAAGUACUACGACACGAACGACGAGGAAUUGGACUUCGAUCCGACGAACCCCACCGGCGAGGACUCCAUCUGGAAUUACCACGUGUGGAAUGACGUCUACAUGGCGAGACCCGAUUUGCCAACGGGGUACGGAGGCUGGCAGGCCAUAGACGCGACGCCCCAGGAGACGUCAGAUGGCGUCUACCAGUGCGGUCCGACUUCUCUCGAGGCGAUCAAGCAGGGGAAGGUGGGGUUCAACUACGACGUCGCCUUCAUGGUCGCGUCAGUGAACGCAGAUUUGAUGCGCUGGAAGGAGGACCCCAACGCCCCGAUGGGUUACGCAAGAAUCUACUGCAACAAAUACCAUAUCGGACGAAUGAUUCUGACCAAGAAGCCGUUUUUGUUCGACCCCAACGGCGACAAGGAUCGCGAGGACAUCACCUUGGAGUACAAGGCGAAGGAGGGUACCGAAUUCGAGCGCGUCUCCCUGAUGAACGCGGUCCGAGGACUGAAAUCCGCGCAAAGCUUCUUCAGCGUGCCGGAGAACAUCAAGGCGGAUGUCGACUUCGACCUGGUCGAUUUGGAUAAAAUAAAAAUCGGGGAGGACUACGAGAUUGUGGUCAACAUCAACAACAAAAGCGACGAAGUUCGGCACAUUCGAGCGGUUUUAUCCUCGUCCAGUGUCUUUUACACUGGGGUUAAGGCAAAGCUGAUCAAAAAGGCGGAGGGAAGCUUUAGCGUGCCACCAAGAUCGACCGAAACCAUGCGACUGGAAAUACGAGCGGACGAUUACCUGAACAAGCUGGUGGAGUACUGCAUCAUGAAAAUCUACGCCAUAGCUACAGUGGACGAGACCAAAGAAACGUGGGCCGACGAGGACGACUUCCAGGUGGUCAAGCCUACAAUUCAAAUUCAGAUGCCAUCGAAAACGAUCCCGAUUAAGAAGCCGGUCCUCGUGAAGCUGUCCUUCGUCAAUCCGCUAAAGAAGCGGCUGACCAAUUGCAAAUUCCAACUGGCCGGGCCGUCGCUGGUGAGGAACCAGGGGAUCGGCCACAGAGACGUCGGACCCGGCGGUCUCGUCGAGGUCGAGACGCAGAUGGUACCGCAAGUGGCCGGCGAGCAGACGAUCGUCGCCACCUUCGCGGCGAGAGAACUAAUGGACAUCACCGGUAGCGUAAAGGUCGACGUGUACGAUGACGAAGAUUAAGCUUGUUUGUGUUAACGCCGUACUUUAUUUAUUGCUUUUCAAAUGUGUAUUUAAAAUCUCACUUUUAAUAAAUACAAUAGGCAUGCUGCA